GUUCUAUUUUCCGCCUGGAAAACACACACGACUCACCACCACGCUUACUCUCCUGUCUACACACUUUAAAAAAGCAAAACGCUUCUACUGUAACUAACCUGCUCUUUUGAAGUACCUGCUCGCAUCUCAACUCUCGACCUAGCGAGCUUUCUUAUCCUCUUUCUUUCCGCUCUUUCAGUCUCAGCAAACACCGACGUCAACGAUGGCCGCGGCUCAGCAAGUGGCGAACGCCUUCACCGUCGACUUCGUCGAGCGCGUCGCGAAGAAUGCCGCGAACCUGGCCGAGCUCUACGGCCGCCGCGCCACCCUCACCAUCAACGACUUCGAGCUCGGCAUCUCGGAGAUGACGGACGGCGACGUGCCGAUGGCGGUGCAGAAGUGGGCCUCUUCUCUGCUGAGCAGCCGCCUGCGCGUCGACAGCGUCAACGCCGCCUCCGUCUACGGCGGCGUGAACGUCUUCCUCACCUUGACCGCCUUCGGCGAGCUGCAGCAGUACUUCCACAUCACCACUACCCUCGAGUCCUACCAAGACACCUUCGGCAUGGACGGCUUCUACAUCCGCCACCAGGUAAUCGCCCGCAUCGGUGCCGUCGCACCAGAGGCACCGCCGGCGCCUGAGCCGACCCCCGCCGUCGAGGAGAAGCCGGCCGCGGCUGCCAAGAAGACCCCAGCCCCCGAGCCGGCCGAGGAGAAGCCGAAGAAGACGCCCACGCCGGAGCCGCAGCCGGAGGCGACACCGGAGUCGACCGAGGAGCCCGCCGCUGCGCCGACUCCCGCCAAGGAGGAGGCGGUGCACGAGGAGGAGGCCGCCCAGCAGACCGCCGCGGCUGCGGCGCCGUCCAGUGCGAAGCCGAAGAGCUGGGCAGCGCUGCUGAGCCACCCCCCUGCAAAGCCCUCCGAGCACCGCCCGGUGCGCGUGGUGGCCCGUGAGGCGGGGGAGAAGAAGGAGACCGCGUUACCGAAGAAGGAGGCGGCGGCGCCGCGUGAGGCUGCGGUGAAGCGCCCGGCGCCACGGGAGCGCAAGGCCCCCGAGCCCGUCGGCGACCGUCUGAUGUUCAACAUCACCGGCGCCGUCACGGACGAGGAGAUCCGCACCGCCCUCGGCGCGAUGGCCACCCACCUCGUGUCGCUGCGCAACAACUCCGCUAAAGGCCACGUCUUCAUGGACUUCGCCGAGAACGUCGCCGUUUUCGACGAGAUCAGCAAGGCCCAGCCGGUGAUCGGCGGCGCCAAGCUGAAGAUGAACGUCUUCCGCCAGCGUCCUCGCGAUUAA